GGAAUUCACAUCAGGUCCCGGCAGCAACGGACCCCAGAACGGUGGAGCACACCGUCAGGUUUGGCGCCAGAUGGAGCCAGGUUGGCCCACUCCCCUAAGACGAGAGCCACGUGACAACAACCGACCAAUCAGAAGCAGAGCUCCUACCCGGGCCCGCCUACCGUCCUCACUCCUUCAGCUGGCGCUGUAGCUAGAUGGUGUCUUAGGACAACGAUCUUGUGUCUCUGAGAGAGAAUCUGGCAUGAUGGUCACCCCAUCGUCCAAGGAGAAGGCACAGAAGCAACAGCAGGGUGAGAUGACCGCAGAGCCCAAGAACGAGAUCACCCCUGCCCCUGGUGAUGCCCGCGGGACCGGCAACUCCAGUCCCGGUGCCUCGGCCCCCUCAGUCUCCAGUGACCUGUCUCCAUUGGGUGGUGGCGCCCCACACGGUGUUCCUGGCUGCCUUGGGCGCCAUUUUGAGCACCGGAGAGGAUCUGGGGCUGCCCCCCGCGACCGCGGUCCCCACGCAGAGCUGAGGCGUGUGGUGCCCCAAAUGGGCCAGGGUCCUCGGGCCAGGGUCUCCAGACCUCAUAUGCGUGUGGCGUGGCCACCAUGGGGCGAGCCACGUGGGGCUCUGCCAGGCCGGCGGGCCCCGACCCAGACCGCGAACCCAGUGAACUGCUGUGGGAGGGAGCAGCCCGGCUGGGAAGAGGCUGCCCAGGCUCAGAAGCCUCCGCGGCGCCGCUGUUUCCUGGGCUUCCCAAGCCUCAGUGCCCAGUAUCCUUGUCUCCCAUUUUCUCCAGGGUCUCAGCCUAGCGGUCGCCGCCGUUCUCGGGUUUCUUCGGGGAGUCACGAAUCCCGGCCGGGUCCUGCCCUCCGGAGUCAGGCCAGAGCAGCAGGUCCAGCUCUCCGCAGUCAAGCAGCCAGGCCUGGCCCUGCAGUCUUCAAUGGUGAUGCCCCACCGCCAGGCCCCGCCUUCCGCAACCAUGCUUCUGGGUUGGGCGCUGCUUUUUGCAGCCUUUCAUCUGCCCCAGGCCCUGCCCUGCGAGGUGGUGCUUCUGUGCCAGGCCGCGCUCUCCCGCGUCGUCAUUCAUCCACACCAGGUCCUGCUUUCCGCCGCCGUGCAUCAGAGCCAGGCCCUGCUGCCCCAAGGCACCGCGCGCCCGCGACCGGGCCGGCUCUGCGCCGCCGCGCGUCCGCGACCGGACCAGCUUCCCGCCGCCGCGCGCCCGCGACCGGGCCGGCUCCCCGCCGCCGCGCGUCCGCGCGGGUUCCUGCUCACAGUCGCCGCGCGUCCUCGACCGGGCCGGCUCCCCGCCGCCGCGCGCCCGCGACCGGGCCGGCUCCCCGCCAACGCGCGCCCGCGACCGGGCCGGCUCCCCGCCGCCGCGCGUCUGCGCGGGUUCCUGCUCACAGUCGCCGCGCGUCCGCGCAGGUUCCUGCUCACAGUCGCCGCGCGUCCGCGCAGGUUCCUGCUCACAGCCGCCGUGUCUCCUCGCGGGGCCCUGCCCCAACCCCUGCUUCCCGUGGCCGUGCAUCUAGGCCAGGCCCUGCUCUCCGCAGCCCUGCAUCCGGGUCAGGCCCUGCCCUCCGAAGCAGAGCCAACCCGCUAGGCCCUGCCCUCCACAAUGGCUGUACACCUCCAGGCUACGUCCUCCGGAGCCACCCCACCCAGACGUCAUACCCUAGAAGCCGUCCCUCUCUGCCUGUGCCUACCGGCCUGAGUCCUUCUCCUGGGUUGGCCUCACAAGAAUUUGUGAGCAACUCAAGCUCUUCUAAUCCUGAGGUUCCAAGCCUUGAUACCCAGCCCCGUUGGCAUGCAGUCCGUAUGCGGGCCUCCUCUCCCUCACCUCCUGGUAGGCUCUUCCCUUUCUUUGGGCCCAGUGAUGAGGGCUCCUCCUCUUCCUCCUUCCCCUCCUCCGGGUCUCCUGGCCAGAGCUGCUGCUCCACCUCCACCUUCUCCUUCUCCUCCCUCUUCUCCUUCUCUUCCCCUUCUUCCCCCUCCUCUUCUUAUUCCUCUUCUUCCUCCUCCUCCUCCAAUGAUUUUUCUGACCAGUGUCCCUCUUCCCCAAAGUUUUGUGGCUUGGGCUCCAUCUCCACUCCUAGUCCUGCAAGCCUCAGGCGUGCCUUACUGCCAGAGUUUGAAGCCCUGAGCCCUCUCUCUUCAGGAGAGCAGGUUGAAAUAGGGAGCGUGCCUUCUCCCACUACACCCCCUGGGGUGUGAGCUACCAUGAGUAUAUUCCUAAAACCACAAAAGGAAUUAGCAUGCACCCACUGACCUGAAGGGAGUGCCUGCUCUGCAGUUUCCUUUGAGGUUUAUGAGUGUUCUAGCUAUUAACCAACAUUAUGAGAAAUUUUGCUGCUGUUUGCUGAGUAGUUUUGAAGCCUCUCCUUCCCAUAACUGCAUUACCUAGCAUUUAUCUGCUUUUGGCCCUUGAUUUCAGGCCUGCUUUUUCCUCAUAAAGGCCUGCCUUUGCCCCUGAGUUGAGAUUGCCCUUUUCCAAGUUCCCUUUAUAGAAUGACAUUUUUGAAUGAAUACAAUAAAAAUGUUUGACUUCA